AUGGACAACGAAUGCCUGAAUGCUCCUCUUGUGAUAAAACCCACAAGGAUAUACAGCUACACACAGUUGAUAGCAUGUCUGAAAAAGAAGCAACAAAAGCUUGCCAAGUACAAAGUAACGGCAGAACCCACUGCGUUCAGGAAUGUUUUAAAGCCUAAACAACAACAAUUUGAUGUGAAUGAUGUUGUAAAUGGAGUUUUGCAUGAAAAGUUAAAAUUGAAGCAAAAGGAGCAUGAAAAAAUGGCCACAAAAGCAUUUAUAAAGGAUGUUGAACGACGCAUUAAUCAGAUAAAAAAGGAAAACGACCUUUUUGUGGUUGGGCAAGGCAAGAUUGCAGGAAAAGUAGGUGACUUGGAGCUAGUGUUUGAUAAGGAUCCUGCAGAUGCUGAUGAACAACUUUCCCAUGGAAUUACCGGUAAAGACAGGUACUUUGAGGAUCCAAUGCUUUUUGACAUACACAUGUUUUUGAGAAGGCUUAAAACCUCUGAGAAUUUUGAGCAGGAAAUCCAAUUCCUUGGAGAUGAGUAUCUGAGAUAUGUCGACAGGUUUUUGAGGGAGAAUGCAGAUAAAGUCUCAAGCCCAUUAAAAGAUGUAGAGGAGAAGAUAUGCACAUUUGUAAAGCUUAGAUAUGGGAAGGAGGAAUAUAAACUUGAGGUAUAUGAAGGAAGAUAUGUGUUUGCAGAGCUUUACACAUUGUUUAGAUGUGGGCUUACUGAUAGUGUAAAAAGACUUCUGGAGCGUUUCUCUGUGUUUUUUGAACAUAUUUCACACCGCUUCAAGACAAGCUUUAGUGGAUGGCUUGUUACCAAGAUGAAGCCCAGUGUUACUGUGAAGAUUGGAAGUGGGGAUGAUCUUUUCAAGGCGUUUCUACUAGGAAUGAUGGAUGGAAGCAAUCGAGGGGUUGAUGCAAGCGUGAUUGGAAGCGUUGAAGAUUUUGUGUGGAUGCACCUGAUAUCGAUUAAUGAGCUUGGAGGAGUCAAGGAGGUUCUAGGGUUAUUUAAGAAUUAUCAAAAUCCAAAAGGAUUGCUACUUGCAUGUGUGAUGCUCAAGGAUUAUGACAAGGCAAUGGAGCUAGUGUUCCGUGGAGACUUUGCAGUGGUGCCGUCUUAUUUUCUGAUGAAGACGUUAUGUAGCAGAUGUAACAACAAGAUGGUGUUUGUUGACUUUGUGUUCCUGGCAGCAUCGAGAUUUUCUUCAACGCGAAGGAAAGUAGAGCUACUGAGUUCACUGAAGCAUGUAGUUGAUGGAUACUACGAAGUUGUUCCUGAGAUGAUAGUGAAGAUGGACAUGUAUGAUGUUCUUGGGAUGGAUGAUGGAGCAUGCCUGUAUUUGGACAAGAAGAUCAAUCAGAGGGUUGUUGAGAUUCUAAAGGCAAAGAAUGAGAAGAAGAAGCUCAUAAAGCUGUACUACCUGAUUGAUGAUGAAGCGAUGGUGGUUGAUCUUAUUAACGAGAUCAUAGUGGAAGCGAUUCUUGCAGAUGGGGAUAUUGACACGUAUUUUGAGAUAAUUGAAUACUAUGAGAAAAGGGAAAGCACUAGGCAAAUUGGAAUGAUGAGGGGAUUGAAGAGCUUCUAUAUUUUCAAAAGAAAUCCAAGUAUGCUGACGUUGAGAUCGACGCCAUUGAUUAGCAUGGAUGUAGAUAUUAAGGAACUCAGAUAUGUAGUUGAGAAGGUGUUUAAGCUUGCAUGUGAUGUGGUUGAAAAUACAGGGGAUGGGGAGAUGGCAAGGAUGUUAUUCAGGUUAUGCGGAAUUCUUGGACUUGGAGAAGAGAUGUCUGGAUAUGCCAACAGACACCUGAUAUUGUUAAUAUGA